GUGGCCUGAUCUGAACUGCCCAAUCACAAACGGGUCAGUAAAGGCUGGGCCAGCUGGCUGCAAAACGUUCCAGUCCUGAUCGUUCUCCUUCACUGGCCUACACCCUCUUCAGAAGCGAUGAUACCACGAAGGUGUAUCUUAGGAGUUCCUGUCUGCAUCACAAUUUUCUUCCUCCAGGGUUCAAAGGCAGUGGCAGUGUCUCCACCAGAUGCCCCCAUGGGCUCAGGUCUGUGGCUGUGCCAGCCCGCCCCUCGGUGUGGGGACCAGGUCUACGACCCCUUGCAGCACUGCUGUAGCGAUGACACCAUCCUGCCCCUGAACCGGACUCGCCAAUGUGGCCCCAACUGCACCUUCUGGCCCUGCCUGGAGCUCUGCUGUCCCGAGUCCUUUGGCCCCAAGAGGUUUGUUGUGAAGUUGAAGGUCCUGGGUACCCAGUCCCAGUGCCCUUCGUCGCCCAUCUCCAGGAUCUGCCCCAGCUGAAGGAAACCUCUCUAGGCGAGCUCCUUACAAAAAUGGAAUGUUUUGCAUUUGCCAGCACAGACCCGCAUAUAUCACCAGCUUCCCGCCCUCCCCACCCCCCCCCCCACAGCCCCCUGCAGGGUUGGCAGGAAAACAGAGAAGCCAACUGACCUGACCUGCAACCUGCCUGCUGGUCCCUGUGCUGCCCAUCUUUGAACACUCAGAGACUCCCCCACGACCUUCAACUCCUUGUGCCUCAAUCACUCACCUGCAAAAUAAGCACGUCACCCAUCUCCUUGACGGACGUUUUGAGGAAGACGCGCAGGAUUUGAGUAUUAGGGUGAGCAGGACGAGAUGGAAACUCUUGAAAAAUCUGCAUGUGUAUUCUGAAAUGGAGACAAAUAAAAAAUAUAAAUUAGCCCAA